AUGGGGAGAAAGCGGCCAAAUGGGACGUGCGUGGUAGUUGGUGGUCGUGUGAGAUUCUCAACCGUCAAUGAUAGGAACCCCUCCUUCUCCAUGUCAGCCAAAAAAAGUGUCUUCCCCCCCACACCUCAUGAUCGUGUAGCAAUUAGCAAAGCGGUUACUCCGCAGGACUACCCCGUGGAGAGAAAAGACCUGCUUAUGCCCGCUUAUGCUGGUCGCUGCCACUCCAGCAGCCGAAUGCAGCCCGGCUGUGAUCUGAUUGGCGCGGGUGGAGAAGAGGGUCUUUGA